AUGGUCUCGCAUCUCUCAACCGGCAGCGCCGGCGGCGUCUCCUUGUCCGACCUGCCAAAAUCAAAUGUCUUCACAUCCAAGCUACCGGCUGAUCCGGCCUUCGAAACGCCAGAGGCCUCGCAUAAAGCGCCCCGGGAAACCCUAGGUCCUCGGAUGGUCAGGGGCGCUUUGUUUACCUACGUUCGUCCGGAACCCGCCGAGGCGCCGGAGCUGCUCGGCGUGAGUUCCACAGCCAUGAAAGAUCUGGGAUUGAAGGCUGGAGAGGAGAAGACUGCCGAGUUGCAGGCGUUAGUUGCAGGCAAUUCGAUUUUAUGGAAUGAGGAGAGUGGUGGCAUUUAUCCCUGGGCACAGUGCUACGGUGGGUGGCAAUUUGGUUCGUGGGCAGGACAAUUGGGAGAUGGACGUGCAAUCAGUCUUUUCGAAAGCACCAACCCCGACACAAACACUCGCUACGAGUUACAGCUGAAAGGCGCAGGUAGGACCCCUUACUCGCGAUUCGCAGAUGGCAAGGCUGUCCUUCGAUCAAGUAUCCGAGAAUACGUGGUUUCUGAAGCCCUCAAUGCCCUCGGCGUACCAACAACUAGAGCCUUAUCUCUAACCCUACUCCCCAAAUCAAAAGUCCUUCGAGAGCGUCUCGAACCCGGCGCAAUCGUAGCCCGCUUCGCUGAAAGCUGGCUUCGAAUCGGAACAUUCGACCUCCUCCGCGUCCGAGGAGAGCGCGAACUAAUCCGCCAACUAUCCACCUACAUAGCAGAAGAAGUCUUCGGAGGCUGGGAAAAGCUCCCCGCAGCCGUAAACAUCAAAGAAGGCCAAACAUCCACAGAAAUCGACAAUCCUCCCCGAGGAAUACCGCAAGACACGAUCCAAACACACCAAGACGUUGACGAAAACAGAUUCACUCGAUUAUACCGCGAAAUAGUCCGGCGAAACGCAAAGACCGUUGCUGCAUGGCAAGCAUACGGAUUCAUGAACGGUGUCCUAAACACCGAUAACACUUCUAUCUACGGUCUCUCGCUUGAUUACGGCCCCUUCGCGUUUAUGGAUAAUUUCGACCCUUCAUACACACCCAACCACGACGACCACAUGCUCCGCUAUUCCUACAAGAACCAGCCCAGCAUAAUCUGGUGGAACUUAGUUCGACUAGGCGAGUCUCUUGGCGAGCUCCUCGGCGCCGGAAACAGAGUUGACGAAGAAGGAUUCGUGAAGGACGGCGUCAACGAAGAAAUGGAAGCUGAAGUUAUCAAGCGUGCGGAAACCAUCAUCGAGCGAACGGGCGAGGAAUUCAAGGCUGUCUUCUUGAACGAGUAUAAACGGUUAAUGGGCUCACGACUCGGACUUAAGACGGGCAAGGAGUCGGAUUUCCAAGAACUAUUUUCCGAAAUGCUUGAUACGCUUGAAGCGCUGGAGUUGGAUUUCAAUCACUUCUUUCGACGACUCUCGGGAUUGUCGGUUUCGCAAUUAGAGACUGAGGAGCAGAGGAAGGAAGCUGCGUCCGUUUUCUACCACGUUGAUGGAUUUGGCGGGAUUGGUGAAACGGAUGAUUCGGCUCGAACUCGUAUUGCUAAGUGGCUUGACAGCUGGCGGACACGAGUAUUGGAAGAUUGGGGCGCUGAGAAUGACGCUGAAAGACAGGCAGCUAUGAAGGCUGUCAAUCCCAAUUUCGUGCCGCGUGGUUGGAUCUUAGACGAGAUUAUCGAACGCGUGGAACGCAAAGGAGACCGUGAGAUUCUGGACCGGGUGAUGCAGAUGAGCCUCAAUCCAUUCCAGGACUCAUGGGGACUUAACACUGCGGAGGAGGAGCGAUUCUGCGGAGACGUCCCAAAGUACAAGAGAGCCAUGAUGUGCAGCUGCAGCUCGUGA